ACGUUUUCCCUUUGGAGUGAACCGUUUCUGUUGCAAACCGUUAUGCAACAGAUGAGACAUUUUGCAACAGAAUCUGCGUAAUGGAUACAACACAGGCUUAGUUUUUUGAUAAAUAUUUCCAGUUGUAGAUAGUUUACUUAUCUUCAUAACGCAACAUAUUUGGUCGCCAGGCAUAAUGUCCUAUUACAGAGGUUCUGAAUCUAAGAGGGAACAAUUUCGAAGGUAUCUCGAAAAAGCGGGUGUUCUUGACACUCUCACCAAUGUGUUGGUGGCCCUAUACGAAGAGCCAGAGAAACCUAAUAAUGCUUUGGACUUUCUAAAGCAUCACCUUGGUGUGGCUGGUGUGGAGACAGCAGAUGCCGAGACCAUCCGUUUGGGGGUGUCUGAGCUACAGCAGAAGUGUGAUCUGCUCAUGGAGGAAAACAAAGAACUCAGAAAGAGGCUUCUGCAGUAUGAACCAACACCUGAGGAUGGAGCAGCGGAGUAAUGUAGUUGGUUGAAUUAUUAUUUUCACUGUUUGGAAGGGGCGCUUAAUGUAAAGCCAUCAUUUCUUUAUGUGUGUGUGUGUGUGUGUGUGUGUGUGUGUGUGUGUGUGUGUGUGUGUGUGUGUGUGUGUGUGUGUGUGUGUGUGUGUGUGUGUGUGUGUGUGUGUGAUAUAUAUAUAUAUAUAUAA